AUGCGGGUACAGCUUAAAUGCCUCAUAAAAAAAUCUCCCUGGUUUACUCUUCAGUGUGACGAAAGUACGGAUGUAGCACAAUGUUGUCAAUUGCUAAUGUUUGUUCGAUUUUUAAGUGGAGAUAAUACAAUAAAAGAAGAAUUAUUACUAUCACAAGUAUUAGAAACUACGUCGAUAGGGGUUGACGUUAUGAAAAUAAUUCUUGAUUAUUUUAAAAAACAUAAACUAAUGUGGGAAAAUCUUGCUGGAUUUUGUACCGAUGGCGCUCCUGCUAUGCUCAGGUCACGUUCAGGUUUAGCUACAUUGGUAAAACAAAUAAAUCCUACCACAUUAACUACGCAUUAUAUUAUACAUCNUUAGAAACUACGUCAAGAGGGGUUGAAGUUAUGAAAAUAAUUCUUGAUUAUUUUGAAAAACAUAAACUAAUGUGGGAAAAUCUUGCUGGAUUUUGUACCGAUGGCGCUCCUGCUAUGCUCUUGUCACGUUCAGGUUUAGCUACAUUGGUAAAACAAAAAAAUCCAACCACAUUAACUACACAUUGUAUUAUACAUCGUCAAACGUUGGCGUCCAAAACAUUACCAAAAGACCUAGCUUUUGCGAUGAAAAUAUCCAUACAGUUAGUGAAUGCUGUUAAAAAUAGUGCACUCAAUACACGUGUUUUUCAAAAAUUAUGUGCAAAUAUGGACGCUGACCAUGAAACAUUACUAUUUCAUACUGAAACAAUUUAUAAUAUAAAGCAAUCACGAGCGAAAUAA